GUAAACAUAUACCUAAAAAUAUUAACACAGAAUACUACUUCAUUCAUAUCUUUUCAUGUGUAGUUGUUUUAGGCAUUUUUUCUAAUCUCUUAUCGCUCUGGUGUAUGUUGAUGAAAAAUUUUAACAAACGAAUCCGCCGAUUGAAAACUCAGUUUCAGUCAAUUCUUCUCUCACAUAGCUCAAAAUUCCUUUUAUUCAUUCAAUUAUGCUGCAAAUUCUUUACUUUAUUGGUGCUUUACUCUUAGCUGGGUAUUUUUAUUUUACGUGGAAUUAUGAUUACUGGAAGAAAAGGAAUAUUCCAGGACCUCCACCGCGAUUCUUUCUUGGAAAUUUACCGAGUAUUGUGACUCAAAAGCGGAAUAUUACUUACGACGUUGAAGAUCUCUACAAUGAAUUUAAGGGUCGCUACGGAGUAAUUGGGUACUUCACCAUGAGAUCACCAUCACUAAUGAUACUUCAACCAGAGAUAGCAAAAGACAUACUUAUUAAGAACUUUAGAUCCUUUGCGGAUAAUAAAUUCUCCGAUUUGAUUGAUAAGGAUGUUGAUCCAAUUUUCGGAAGGAAUCCUUUUAUGCUCAAAGGAAAUGAAUGGAAGGAGAAGAGAGCAGAAAUUACGCCAGCUUUUACCACGACACGCAUAAAAACCAUGUACCCAAUAGUUGACGAUGUGUGCACAAAUAUGAAAAAAUACAUCGAAAAUGAAAACAAGAAGAAUGUUAAUGGGCUUGAUGUGAAAGAAUUGGCAGCAAAUUUCACAAUAGACGUUGUUACAAGUGCAAUCUUUGGCCUGGAUGCGGGAUGUUUUACGGGAGGAGAUACAAGAAUUCGGGACAUGGGACGACAACUUUUCUCACCAGAUGCAACAAUUAUGCUUUACUUAUUUGCCGUUCAAAUCUUCCCAUUCCUCAAGAAAAUCUACCGGAUGUCCUUUGUUCCAAAGAAUGUUGAGACAUUCUUUGUUAACAUCAUGAAGGAUGCCAUUUCGAUCAGAAGACAGACGAAACUUGAUCGUUUUGACUACCUCCACUACCUCCAGGAACUCAGAGAUAAGAAGAACCUUAAUGAAUUGGACAUGGUGGCUCAUGCUGUAACCUUCUUCUUGGAUGGCUUUGAGACAUCAAGUGUUACUCUAUCUUUCACCCUGUAUCUACUUGCACGGAACAAGAGAACGCAGGAAAAGUUGAGAAAAGAAAUUCGCGAUACCCUCACUAAGCAUGGAAAGAUAACUCAUGACGUUGUCUCGGAAAUGCCCUACCUCGAUCAAGUUCUCUAUGAGAGUCUUCGCCUCUACCCACCAGCAACAACUUUGGGAAAAUUCUGCACUGAGAAGACAGAGGUGAAGGUCAGAGAGGGAGAAUACAGAACAAUUGAGGUGGGAGAAGAAAUUCUAAUUCCCGUCUACAGCUUCCAUCGCGACGGAGAAAUCUUUGAGAAUCCAAAUGAAUUCUAUCCCGAACGGUUUGAUCCCAAAAAUGGUGGCAUUAAAGUAUUUCGCGAUAAAGGAGCUUUCCUCCCAUUCGGCGAUGGACCACGCAUUUGCCUUGGACAGAAGUUUGCCCAGACUCAAAUUAAGGCUGCCCUUGUAUCUUUGGUGAAUAAUUUCGAGAUGAGCAUCAAUGCUAAAACACAAGAACCCAUCGUCUUGGAUCCCAAAGAAUUUCUUGCCUACGCCAAGGGUGGCCUAUGGCUCAAUUUUGAGAAGAUUUAAAGUAUUCCUUUUAUUUAAAAAAAAAUGUAAAUAUUUCAGUAUUUUUUUGCAUUAGUUUUGAACGCUCUUUACUUCAAAAUGUAAACAGAAAGAACCUUGAACUUCGAAGAAUUUCAAGUACAAUUUCUAAGACAAAUAUAAGCGCCAAUAAAGACUUGAUCAAAUAAAAGAAAA